ACUAAACUCAAUAUUAAGAGAACUUAUUCGCCGCAUCGAUUGCCCGAAUCCUAUUGUAAGCCGAAAUGCAACAAAAAUGUGAAAUCGAGAUCCGAGACAAACACUCUACGAGAUAAACAAUUAAAGGAGAAGAGAAUGGAAAACGUUCUCAUUUUGAAUAACAAAUUGAUUGAAAGAGCGAUUAGACUAUUGAGUACUAGUAGUGAUAACCAAACAAAUUGUCUCAAUUGUGGUGAAGACGACAUCAAAACGACCAAAAGAUGAUAUUAAAGGACGAAAUUCACUCUUGAAUUGAAAAUUGAAACCAAUCAUUGAUUUUAUAAUUUACAAUUAAAUACCUCAGAAUAGCAUAAACUAAACACAACUAACUAUACAUUUACCGGUCUUUUCAAUAAUUUAUAAUACGAUACGA